AUGUCAUCGAACAGACAAAGAAUUGUUACCUCAAGGGCACCUCUACUGCCACAACAAACCACUCCAGAACAACGUUAUUGGAGACAAUAUUCAUCGGCACAAUUAGUCAAAGAGCAUAAUAGUGUUACACAUAUUGCGUUUAAUCCAAAGAGUCCCUUUGAUUUUGCAGUAACAUCUUCUACUAGGGUCCAAAUAUUUUCAUCGAGAACAAGACAAGUAGUAAAGACCUUCUCUAGAUUUAAGGACGUUGUAUAUUCAGCAAGUUACAGACAAGACGGUAAGUUAUUAGUCGCUGGUGAUGCAACUGGUUUAGUCUCCGUCUACGAUUCUUAUAAUCCAAGAUCUAUUUUACUAUCUAUCAAUGCAUCUACACAUCCAACACAUGUUACAAAAUUCCAUCCACAAGACAGCAAAUCUUUAGUCACAGCAAGUGAUGACAGAGUUACCAGAGUUUGGGACAUUUCCCAUGCAUAUGAACCCACUUUAGAAUUAACAGGCGCUUCUGAUUAUAUCCGUAGUGUAUGUUUUGUCCCAUCUGCACCACAUUUGAUUGCCACGGGUUCAUAUGACGGUUUAGUUAGAUUAUAUGAUACACGUAAAGAAGGAAACACACCAAUAUAUUCGUUGAAUCAUGAUCAGCCAAUUGAAGAUAUAAUUUCUAUUUCUCCAACCCAGUUAGCGUCAUGUGGUGGUUCAAACUUCAAGAUUUGGGAUUUAACUAGCAAUAAAAAAUUAUACGAAAGAGGUAACUUUAACAAGACUGUUACAUGUUUGGACUAUGUAGAGAACUUUGACUCACCAAUGCAAUCUGCAUUUAUUGCCUCUUCAUUAGAUGGCCAUAUCAAGGUUUUUGAUCCGGUUGACAAUUUCAAGGUAAAAUUUGGCUGGAAGUUCUCAAGUGCUGUUCUAAGUUGUGCUGUAUCUCCAAGUGAUGCAACCGGUAAUAGACAUUUAGUUGCAGGUAUGUCAUCUGGGCUUCUUGCUAUCAGGACAAAGAAGAAAGAAAAGAAAAGCGCUAUCCGUAUCGACACCUUAGAGACUAUCACAGGGAAACAAACAAAGAGUAAUAACUUCCAAAGAAUGAUGCGUGGUUCGGAAUAUGAAGGUGAUCAAGAACAUAUUAUCCAUAAUGAUAGAGUUAGACAACAACGUCGUCUUCGUGCAUUUGAAAGAUAUAUAAAUCAAUUCAAAUGGAGCGAAGCAUUAGAUAGUGCAUUUGUUCCAGGUAUGGCUAAAGAACUAACACUAACUGUGCUACAAGAACUACGUAAACGUGGUAAGAUUCGUGUCGCAUUGUACAAUAGAGAUGAAUCCUCUUUGGAACCAUUGCUAAAUUGGUGUUUGAAAGGUAUAGAGGAUGUAAGAUCGGCUAUUGUUGUAGCUGAUUGGAUCGCUGUUGUACUAGAACUAUAUGGCAAUACCUUAGAAAGUAGUCCCGUAUUAAGAGGCAUGAUAGUAGAUUUGAGAAAUAAGGUAAGAGAGGAAGUAUUUAAGGCAAAGGAAGCCCAAAAGAUUGAAGGUAUGCUGCAAUUAUUAAGUAGUUGA